AUGACGUCGGCCGGUGCAGGGGAGAUCUUUCUCCGGCACAACCCGUACCGAAGCGAGGUCAUCUCAUGGUACAGAAAGUUUCUGAAGGCGUCUUUUUCUGUGCCAUGGGAGACAGACGAGGAUGCGUUGUACGUGCUGGAGGAAGCACGGAGGCUUUUUCGAAAAAACGCCCGCAUUAACGACAUUGAAACUAUAGAGCGAAAGCUGCGUGAGGCGGAGAUGCGCUAUGAGAUUGGUGUCCACUACAGGAUUCCGUACCCGAGAGCAUUUCAUAAAACCCAAGGGUCUCUGCAGGAAAGUGGUGUGGCGUAUGCUGCUGAUCUUGACUCCAUGUACGAUCAUCCUGUGAGUCCUCGAAUUGGGUGGAUAAUGGAAGGUAGCGUAAAUGGUGGCACGAUGGGCGGUUCAGAGCAUUUAACGCAGUAUCUAGAGGAUGGUCCUGGUGUGGAGGACGACAAUCUAUCUGAAGGACGGUGA